CCCUGCUACGGAGACUCCCCGCUAAGGAAGGGAACCCGCAGCCCUGCUCCGUGCCCUGGGUGGCUGAGGGAGCCGGGCACCCCGCGCUCCUGCCGGAGCUGUGCCACAGCCGCAGAAUGGGCUCCAGGCCCUCAGCAGCGCUUUAAAGGCAUGAACGCGCUGGGAGCGCUUCGAGCAGCAGUGUUCUUGCCCUUUCCCUCGGGGAAAGUGACGGGUUACGGCGUGACUCCCCUACGCCGGGAGGAGGCUCAGCGGAGACCUCACAACAAUCUACAGCUUCCUCAUGACGGGAAGCGAGGGGCAGGCACUGAUCUCUGGUCUCUGGCGACCGGCGACAGGACCCGAGGGAACGGCCUGAAGCUGUCAGGGGAGAUUUAGGUUGGAUGUCAAGAAAAGAGGGAAAGGCCGCCCAGCCCAAGCCCGCCUUCACGGACGAAGCGGUUCAGACGCUGCUUUACAAAAUGACGGGACUCGACCUGCACAAGGUGUUCCGGCCUGUGAAAAAGGGCCUCAAGCCGCCCCAAUACAAGCUGAUGACUGAAGCUCAGCUGGAAGAGGCCACAAGAAAAGCCAUUGAGGAAGCUAAAACAAAACUAAUCAUGCCCCCUGUUUUGAAUGAACGAGAGCCAAUUGAUGAUGUCUUAGCAGAAGACAAAGUCCUUGAAGGAACUGAAACUGCAAAAUAUGUGUUUACAGAUUUAAGUUAUUCCAUUCCACAUCGUGAACGUUUCAUUGUAGUUAGAGAACCAAAUGGGGUGUUACGCAAAGCCACCUGGGAGGAACGAGACAGGAUGAUCCAGAUAUUCUUCCCAAAGGAAGGGCGCAGGGUGAUUCCCCCCACGUUAUUCAAGGAUGAGAACCUUGGGACUGUAUUUCAGCAAGAUCGUCAUGAAGAUGUCCUGAACAUGUGCAUUGCUCAGUUUGAGCCAGAUUCACCUGACUAUAUCAGAGUUCACCACCGCGCCUAUGAGGACAUUGAGAAGCACGCCAAGUAUGACCUGCUGCGCUCAACCAGGCACUUUGGGGGCAUGGUGUGGUACCUGGUCAGCAGGAAGAAGACAGAUGGCUUACUCAUAGACAUGAUCAACAGAGACCUGCUGGAGGAUGCUACAAGUUUAAUUACACUGUAUCAUAUGCUUCACCCUGAAUGUCAGUCAGCAAAGAAAGCUAAAGAAGGAAAACUUCAAGGAGUUGAUCUGAUCAAGGUAUUUGUGAAAACUGAAUCGCAGAGAGAAGGUUAUAUCCAGCUGGCCCUGCAGGCUUAUGAAGAAGCAAUGGCUUCAGCUUCAUGAAGUAAACCUCAGCUCAUCAGAAGUUUUAAGCCUGUUUAUAAACUUUUUCUGUACAGAAUUCCACAAUAAAUACUUGAAAAUGA